AUGGUACGCAGCAGUAGCUUACUCUCAGGAAGCUUUCUAACCAACAGGAAAGGCUGGAGUGGCUUCCAAAAAGCGGCAAAUACACUUUGCUUUGCUGUUGAUAUAGAAGCAGCAGCAUGUCUAUUUGCCUUUCAAAACGAUUUGCAACAGCAGCUAACACCCGGGAAGCCCUUCAAUCAACUGGAAAUGGCCGGUCGAUCUCUAUACACAAGGCCGCACAUGGAUUCCAGAUGGAAAUUUCAAGGCUUUACACGCUCCUUUCACCCUCAAACACAAGAUGGAGUAUCAGCUCACCUUCUAGAAGCUUGUGAAUUAACAGAAAUGGCAAGCUCGGACCCCGGGAGGCAGCCGCUACUUCAAGUCUUGGAGGCUCUGACAACCUUUCUCAUCUUCAAAGGCAGGGUCAUAGCAGCAGCUAACCUUCAAGAAGCUCCAGCAUUGGCCUGCUUCAAUCAGUUGACUGUCGUCUUCAAUCACUUGCAAUGGGCAGCAGGAGGCCGCGAGUCUUCCUCGACCAUUGGCAAUGACCAGCAAAAGGCCGCAAAUCAAUCGGACCCUUGGCUCUUCCUCCUCCUUCUUCGAAACACCUUCAUCGACAUCCUCCUUCGAACAAGAAACCAUAGUUGCACCCUUUCUCUCGCGAAAUUCGCUCUUAUCUGGCGAAAGCUUAUGUCGCACAACAUUUUCUUCUCUGAAAACCACUCGAUAUCGCCUCUCCUCUCCGAUCGUCCCAGCGCUUCCACACCAACAUCCAUAUCUUUAUCCAACAUCCAUAUCCUUAUCCAAGAUCCAAAUCUUUAUCCAGCAUCCAAACCGAAAUCAAUAUCCUUAUCCAACAUUCAAAAUACUUGUCCAUCGACCACCAUACUCCUCCCUCUCGUCUAUCAAUACACAUAUACAUACAUGUCCUUCUGUUUGGAAAACUUCCUACCGAGAUUCGGGCUAAGACUAUGCCUUUGUUUGGGAAACUUCCUAAGACCAAACAAUGUUGAGUCUCUCGCAUCGCUAACUCUAAGCGCGUUGGCGGGAAUAGCAACCCUUGUUGUGCCGUCCGCUCCAGGCGGCAAGAGCCCUAUGGAACGGGAGAUCGGUGCUGGCACCGGUACCGGAAGCCCUCCUCAAGCUCGACCGAGACUGGGGCCAGGCGAAUCUCAACGGGAAGAUAAAAUCAUCACGUCACCCUCUCCGUAUCUCGAACGCAGGGGAUGUAGUGCAGGAAGACGGUACCAAAUUUCAGGACCUCACUGUCCUGUCUCUAUGGUCAAGACCUCACUGUCUUGCUCCAUAUCUCAGGACCUCACUGUCCUGCCUCUAUGGUCAGACCUCACUGUCCUGUCUCUAUGGUCAAGACCUCACUGUCUUGCUCCAUAUCCCAGGACCUCACUGAUAUGUCUAUAUGGCCAGGACCUCAACUUCGACCUCAAUCCCGACAAAGUCAUCAUGGAGCAGCCGACUCCAGCCAAGGGUUUCAGAUACCCGAGACGGGCACCCCUUACGGCUGCCCAGCUGGUGCUAUUUUCCUGGCAAAAGAACUGCAUCCCAGACGGAGAGUUGAUCUCCUUCGCCUGGUUUCUUGGACCGGAGGAGAGGGAAUUGACAUUGUAUGAUAGGAAGCUUGCAGAUCUCGGGGCAGAACAGGUAUCAAGAUUACCCAUCUUGCUGCCUGUGUGGCUGGGAAACCCGAAACCGGGUAAUCGGCCACUCGGCCCCAGCAAUCCCAAACCUGUUAAACCCCAGCCGUCCUCGGGCGUGUCAGAUAUGGAAACCACAUACAGGCAGCAGAGACUGAUAAGAAUGAUUUCCAAAAGGCUUCUGAUAGCCUACCCGAAAAAGUGGAUGACCUCCACAUUCGCUUGUGAGAGUCAUUUGCCGAGAAAGAAGGGGGAAGGGGGCAAGAUGCAUAUCCUCGUAGCUAUGCAAAAGCUGAUGCCGGAGAGAGAGUUUCGUCGGCUGAUCAUUCUCAUUCGAGAUUUAGAAGCGGGCAUUGAGCUCUCUAACCUUUACUUUCAACUUCACCGAAGAGAUAUAUGCGCCUACCGCGAUCAGAGGUCGGGCUCCGCCAAAAAGAAUGCCUCCCGGCCCGGCCGGAAAAGGAAUUUUCUGACUUUUCCCCAGGACCAGGAAGGUGUGGCCUCUGCGUUCCUGCAGGGAGAGAUCAAUCUCCUGGCAACUGCAGGCGCGAGGACGGGGACGGGGACUUGUUUGUUCCGCUGA